UCCUUUUUUUCCCGACGUCCCUCUUGGCGGGGCCAGCCUUGUCCCUCCGGUCGGCAGCCGCCGCUUCGCCGCUUCGGGGUUUUGCGCUCGCCCUUCCUCCUCCCUCCUUGCCGCGCCGCCAUGGCCGUCUACAGCAAGCUCCUCGCCGCGCGCUACUCCACCGUGGCCGGCGCCGCCGCCGCCGCCGCCUGCGCCUUGCUCUGCCUGCUCAGCAAGCGGCGGAAAGCAGCAGCAGCCGCAGCCGCCUUACACGGAAAGAAAAAUGGAAAAAAUUUAUCCAGCAGUGAGAAAGAAUUCAAGAAAGAAAGAGCGGUAGUAGAUAAAGUAUUCUUUGCAAGAAUUUGUCAAAUUCUGAAAGUUAUGGUCCCCAGGACAUUUUGUAAAGAGACAGGUUAUUUGGUACUUAUUGCCAUUAUGUUGGUACUUCGCACAUAUUGUGACAUCUGGAUGAUUCAUAAUGGAACAGUUAUUGAGAGUGCUAUCAUUGGCCGCAGUAGAAAAGAUUUCAAGAGGUACUUGUUCAACUUCAUCGCUGCCAUGCCUGCUAUUUCCCUGGUGAAUAACUUCUUGAAGUAUGGAUUAAAUGAACUUAAAUUGUGUUUCCGUGUCCGACUGACCAAGUAUCUUUAUGAGCAGUACCUACAGAGUUACACAUUCUACAAAAUGGGCAAUCUAGACAACAGAAUAGGCAAUCCUGAUCAACUACUUACACAAGAUGUCGAAAAAUUUUGCAACAGUGUAGUGGACCUAUAUUCAAAUCUCAGCAAGCCAUUUUUGGAUAUUGUUCUGUACAUCUUUAAACUAACAAGCGCAAUAGGAGCACAGGGCCCUGCUUCCAUGAUGGCCUACUUGAUUUUUUCAGGCUUUUUUCUUACUCGCUUAAGAAGACCUAUUGGUAAGAUGACUAUCACGGAACAAAAAUAUGAAGGCGAAUACAGAUAUGUCAAUUCACGGCUGAUCACAAACAGUGAGGAAAUUGCAUUUUACAAUGGGAAUGAAAGGGAAAAACAGACGAUUCACAAAUCUUUUCGCAAACUGGUAGAGCAUCUGCAUAAUUUCAUUCUGUUCCGGUUUACAAUGGGCUUCGUAGACACCAUUGUUGCUAAAUAUCUUGCAACCGUAGUUGGCUAUCUGGUUGUUAGCCGCCCGUUUCUAGACCUGUCCCAUCCUCGUCAUCAGAGUAGCAACCAUGCUGAACUUUUGGAGGAUUACUACCAAAGUGGAAGAAUGCUACUGAGAAUGUCUCAAGCCCUUGGCAGAAUAGUCCUAGCGGGUCGUGAGAUGACUCGAUUGGCUGGCUUCACAGCUCGAAUUACAGAAUUAAUGCAAGUUCUGAAGGAACUAAACAAAGGGAAAUAUCAACGAACCAUGUUAACACAAGACAAAGAUUUAGACCUGAAGCAAGCCACUCCGUUGAUUCCUGGUUCAGGACGAAUUGUCAUAACAGAUAACAUUAUCAAAUUUGAUCACGUUCCAUUGGCAACACCAAAUGGCGAUUUGCUGAUUAAAGAUCUCAACUUUGAGGUGCAAUCUGGGGCAAAUGUCCUUAUUUGUGGGCCAAAUGGAUGUGGAAAAAGUUCUCUCUUCCGGGUCCUUGGUGAACUGUGGCCCUUGUUCGGCGGCUGCCUAACUAAACCCGAGAGAGGAAAGUUGUUUUAUGUUCCCCAGAGACCAUAUAUGACACUCGGGACGUUGAGAGACCAAGUAAUUUAUCCAGACACUAUAGAAGAUCAGAAAAGGAAAGGCAUCUCUGACCAGGUGUUAAAGGAAUACUUGGAUAAUGUCCAGCUGGGUCAAAUCUUGGAACGUGAAGGAGGCUGGGAUAGCGUUCAAGACUGGAUGGAUGUUCUCAGUGGAGGAGAGAAACAGAGAAUGGCGAUGGCUAGAUUGUUCUACCAUAAACCCCAGUUUGCCAUUCUGGAUGAAUGUACGAGCGCCGUUAGUGUUGAUGUGGAGGGAUACAUCUACAGCCAUUGUCGGAAAGUUGGCAUCACUCUCUUCACUGUAUCUCACAGAAAAUCACUUUGGAAACACCAUGAUUUUUAUCUUCACAUGGAUGGAAGAGGCAACUAUGAGUUCAAGAAAAUUACUGAAGAAACAAUUGAGUUUGGUUCAUAACCCCCAACUCCGACCAUCAACAGCCAUGACUGUUAACAAUACUGAACUUGGGAAACGUACAUUGUGGUGUAACAAAGCUACUUGACUUACUCUUAAAUUGAUUACUAGGAAUACGAUAACAAGCUGUCAGUACCUUUAUUAUUAUGUAGAAUAUUACUAAUUUGUGUUCAUGUUGGUUUAAUUAUUAAUAUGCUCUAAGAAUGUUCUUAUUCUUGUGUUUUGUUUUUUUUAAAAAAAUCUGCCUAAAUUAAGUUGGGCUUAAAUCACUGAAAUGUUGGUUCAUCCUGGGAUGUAAACAGUCUGAAGUCAACUAAUUUGACUUCUGUUUGACCAUACUUCCUCUGGGGAAGGCCCUUAUUAAAAUUAGAUUCACUACCUCUUCUGUCCCCGUCACAACAGAUACGAAUUUCUGUGUCAACAUCCUAGUGUGUCAGUUCAUUAUCUGUACUCUUUUCAGGAUAGGAUUUGUUGUAUUACUGUAACAUAAUAUGGGGCAAUUGGCCUUCCUCUUAGCCAUGUCUGUGGAGAGAGUCUCCUUCCAGGUGUACUGAGGGGAGAAAAGCCCCUUUAGAAUUUCUUUGCAAAAAAAAUAAAACUCCAUCCAACAUCCUCUGGCCAUUGCUGGAGACUACCUUUCAAUCCUGUUUUUUCCAUUUUUUCCUGCUCAGUGCAAAUAAAAUAACAAUAUUCCAUUUGGCCUUUAUAUUCCAAUUUCAGAAGGACAAAUAAGAGGAAUGAGAAUGGGGAGGGGGAGGGGAUGAAGAAGAAAUAAAUACAAUAAUUUCCAAAUCCUUGUCAUGGAAUACAGAUCAAGGACAUUCUCGCUUAUGAGAGGUCUAAUCUGUUUCUAAAUUGUAGAAUGUAGUGUGCAAGUUUGAAAUAAAAUGCCAUACAUAUCUGCCACAAGGAUUUGGAUUUUUCAGAGAAGGCAUUUACUGGACAUUUUUGUACCUGGCAUGUAGGUCUAUAAUACGUGAUUUUUUUAAAAAAAAGGAAUGUAAACUAUUUAAUGCCAGAGAGACAACAGUUCAGAGUCCCCAAGAAACAGUUCAGAAUCUUUUAGAACUAUUUUAUAUAGUUAUUACUUGAAGAAUUGUUUGGCUUCCUGUCCAUUACUUUUAUAAAAACGACACAACCGCUUAACUAUAAAUAAGCACUUUUGAAACAAGUAUGUGAUAAAACUUACAUGCAAUGAUUAUAAAUUAUUAUCUAGAUUUCUUGACAUAGAUGGGACUGGAAGAUAUGAGUUGGUUAGUCUGGCUAUGUAAUUGAUUAUCAUUCUUCUAACAAAUCUUUAAAAACUGUGCUGUAUGAUGUGAUUUUUGUCCUUAUAAUAUAACAUCCACAUGCACUUAACAUGAUGGGCAAGCACUACAUGCAAAAUAAAUGUGGUUGGUGUUCCCCCCUCCCUUUGCUUAAAAUCAGCAUUUGUUCUUAAUUAUUAGUCGAUCAUUAAUUAUCCCUAUUUCAUGGGAAAUCUGGAAUUUUUCAAACUUCCAAGCAUUUCAUCAGAUUUGUUUAUUUUUCCGAAAAGUCAGUGUUUCUAAAUGCCAUUGUUUUCAUAUGUGCUGGGUAAAUGGGUGGAGAGUUGGAUUAGGAUGAAUUAUCUGAGAAAUGCAAAAAUGAAUGUUAAAUAAGUAUUUUCAGUUUAAAUAUUAAAUAACUGGUUUCAGUUUGUUGCCAUUUCAUAUUUAACAAAGAAUUGCCUUUUUUAUGAUUACUUCGAUUUUCUCUCUCUCCCUAAAAGCUGAUAUUGAUAGUAUUAGUUGAUACGAGUUUACAGACAAUGCAUCAGGGCAUGUCAUAAUCUGAAAAAAGCAUUCCAAACAGCAAGACUAUGAUACCAAUUUAGCACAAAUCAAUUGCUUGGAAUGGCUGUUUCAGAUUGAAUGGAAAUCUGACGGAGGAAUAAAUAAAGCUCUGAUUUGAAUUUGGUUGCCACGCUUCUGGUGAAAACUUCUUUUUCCACAUAUGAUCUUUUAUUUUUUUAUUUUUGUGCCGCUAUUCUACAGAGAUCCGCUUUCUCAAGAAAUUCGUAUGAAAAAAAAACUGCUAUUAAAAUACAUUCCUUUACAGGAAAUCUGGGCUACAAGUGAGUAAUAGUCAAAAAUGGCAUGUAUGUUUUUGUUACUAAC